UUUCGACAGUUGUUGGCGGCGGUUGUCGCUUCGCCGUUCUCGACAGAGAAUAUUUUUUGUAUACAUCAGCCCGUUCGCCCGCCCCCAUCGUUUACUACUAUGUGUGUGCUUUCGUGAAAUGUUGAAUUUUGUACAAUGUUUUUCAUAAUUAUUUCUGGCAUUGUGCGGUGCGCAGAGAAAUAAAUAAAUAAUGCAAUAAAGUGCAUAUGAGAAAGUGAAGCAAGAGCACGUGAAAGAUAAAUAAAUAAAUUGUGAAUUUUACUCGCAGGCGCCGCAACGCGGUGAUAAAAAGUGAGUCUGCGAGUGUGCGUGUGUGUGUAAUAAAGUGCAAAGUGCAAGACAGCGAAACAGACAGGCACAAGGAGAAGGAGCAGAGAGCAGACGCUCAGAGACUAUUGGACUAUCCAAGCGCAGUGCAACGAACCUUAAUCCUCUGUGCUACCACAGGGGUUAAAAAUACCCCAAGUAUUAUUAUUUGUGUUGGUUUUUUGGACUGACUCAUCAUCCAAGCUGGCUUUAAUGCAGCAGGAAUCGGUGCGUAGCCACAACAUCAAAACCAAAGCUUAAUCUCAUCUCGAAUACAUCAAACGCAAAUAUAGCUGCAUACGGCGUGUAAAUUGCAAAUACUCAACAAAACAUCUAAACGGCAUUUUUCCCAAGGAAUCAAGUUUAUCUCAAAUGAAUUUCACAAGCCAAGCGAGCUGCAAGUGCCAACACGAUCAUAAGCACCACAACAACAUCAACAACAUCAGCAGCUCCAACGCCAGCAGCCAAUUCUAAUUAAGAGCCACACCUGCGCCUAUCAGCUGCAGGACUUGGCCAGCUACAAUCGCGCCCUAAUGCCGCCGCUGGACAACACGGACUUCAGCAGCGUUCUGCGUCAUGUGCACAGCAGCAGCAGCAGCGGCAGCAGCAGCAACAACAACAGCAGCGCCACGAGCUGCGCCUAUCAUCAGGUCAAGGCGUCGCCGCUUAAGCAGCAGUACUAUCAUCAUCACACCUGUCCGCGUGUUAAGAAAUCGGUCACGGCCGACAACCACAGACCCACGCAUGCGGUGACGCCAGAGCAUAAAUGCCGGCAGCGACGUUCGCGCUCCACUUGCUCCGCCACGAGCAAGCAGCGUCGCAACAGCAGCUAUCAUUCCUACGAUGAUUUGGACGCCACGUCGGCGGCCUCCUCCGUGCUCAAUGCGGAACGCAAAGUGGUUGCCAGCCUCAAGUAUUUGUGCGCCUGCACGGGCGCAACGCUGCGCAAAAUAUCAAAGAAGACCAAAGACUUGCAUGCCAAGAACUAUACCUACACCAAGCCCACGUGGCGCCUUUGGGGCGAGGAGCAUGAGAAGAAUGCAAUCUUUACGGUCUAUCUGAAGAAAGUGCGCUACCAUCGACCCACGCCCACGGCCAGCAACCAGGACUCGGAUGAUGAAAUUUCACACUUGGAGUGGGAGACGGUGCGUGUGCGUUUCGUCAAGGCCGCCACACUGGCGCGCCUAGUGGAGGCGCUCGCCACAGACGACGGCGAGCUGGAGUCGACGUUUAUCAAUGUCUUUCUGUCAACAUAUCGCACCUUUUCGACGCCCAAGCAGGUGCUCAGCCUGCUGACGCAGCGCUACGAUGCGCUGCACGAGAAGCGUGUGGAGGAGCUGGAGCUGGCGCAGCAGAACGGCACGGCCGAGAGCCCGGCCUACGAUGCCCAGGCCUCCAUACAUGAGCAGCAUAAGAAAACUCUAGUCUCGGCGCUGCAUGUCUGGCUGGACGGAUUUCCCGAGGACUGGCACGAGGACAAUCUGCAGCAGAUACUCGCGUUCGCCAACAAGCGGCUCAAGCGCUCCGACCUGCAUCUGAAGGUGAUGAAUCGUCUGGAGCGUCUGCUGCGCCAGCAAUACGCCAGCGGCGCCAGCAGUCAUCAUGUGGACAACAGUGUGGCGGCGCUGCCUUGGGCGCAGGCCACGCAGUUCCUCAUGCACAAUCAGUGCGGCUCCACCUACGACCUGAGCGAGCAGUUCAGCGGCCUCUACUUGGCGCCCAUCUAUCGUGGCCCCACCCACUUUAUGCAGGCCUUUCGUUUCCCCAACGUGCCGGUGCGUCACUUUGCCGAGCAGCUGACGCGCAUGGACACGGAGCUGUUCAAGCGGCUGAUACCGCAUCAGUGCCUGGGACACACGUGGGCGCGGCGAGACAGCGGUGGCUCCGAGACUGUGGUGGCCACCAUCAAUCAGUUCAACGCUGUGCUAUUCCGCGUCGUCUCCAGCAUACUUAUAGAUCGCAUCAAGCCGCAGGAGCGCGCUGUCAACAUUUUCCGUUGGAUUGAAAUCGCUCAGGAGCUGCGCAUGCUCAAGAACUUUAGCUCAUUGAAGGCUAUAAUCUCGGCGCUAAAUUCCAACUCCAUUUACAGACUGUCCAAGGUCUGGGAGUUCUUACCCAAGGAUAAGAUGGAAAUCUUUACGGAGCUGGCGCGCAUCUGUUCGGAGGACAACAAUGCGUGGACUUUGCGCGAGGUGUUGAAGCGUGAGGGCACUGCCAAGAAUCCGGAUCCGGCUGGCGAUCAAACCGAUCGUCAUUUACAGAAGCUCAUACAGAAUUUGGGCACACAAACCUCACACGGGACCAUACCCUACCUGGGCACCUUUCUCACCGAUCUAACUAUGAUACACACAGCGAAUCCGGAUUUUGUCAUGGAGGACAAGCUCAUCAACUUUGACAAGAAGCGCAAAGAGUUUGAGGUUCUGGCCCAAAUCAAACUGCUCCAGGGUGCCGCCAAUACAUACAAUUUGCCCGAGGAUCCGCUCUUCGAUCACUGGUUCGCCUCCAUGCCGCUGCUGGAUGAACGCCAAGCCUUUGCGCUCAGCUGCCAGCUGGAGCCGCCACAGGCAGCGCCACGCAAAUCUGUAGCCAGCACCAAUACCUCGCUGACCAACACCACCGGCUCGUCGACGGCCUCGUUCCUGGGCAGCAGCAGCGUGGGACACGGUCAUCGCAAGACUGACUCCAUACACUCCAAUUCGAGCAGCGGCGCAGGCUCGCAGUUCUAUUGCGAGCUCAACAGCAGCAACAGCUCCAGGCACAACUCACUGGAUCGGGAUGCGCAUCACGCCUCGCUCAUGUCCGCCUCCAGCAGCACCAGCAAUCUGUCCAUGGACUCGAGCAAUUCCGGUGGCCGGCAGUCGUCGGCGCAUGGCAAGCUCACGCAUUCCCAGUCGCUGGGCAAUGGACUGAAGAGUCACGCCCAGAGCAAUGGCGGCUCUCCACACAAUCACAUCAAUGCGCAGCUGGUGCAGCCGGCGGGCGUGCAGACCACAUCGGCGCCAGACUUUUACAUCAUUCGGGUCACCUAUGAGACGGACAACAUUGAGCUGGACGGCAUUGUGCUGUACAAGAGCAUAAUGCUCGGGAAUAAUGAGCGCACGCCGCAGGUGAUACGCAAUGCUAUGCUAAAGCUGGGACUGGAGGAUGAUCCCGAUCGCUAUACGCUGGCGCAGGUGCUGCCCGACAAGGAGCUGGUGAUGCCCAAAUCGGCGAAUGUUUACUACGCUGUGAACACAAAUUAUAAUCUCAACUUUAUACUGCGGCCACGCAAGGACGAUGCCAUCAGCAGUGGCAGCUAGUCCGCAGCCGUGCCCUUGUCCCAAUUAUGGUGCUUGGGCUACGAGGGUGAGGAGUAGCAGUCUCCACUUGCAUGUGGCUUGUAUAUACUACCUACUAUAUAGACACAUGAUCCGCGCACAUGACAAACAAAACAAAGCAAAUUUUAGUUCGUAAUUAAUUAAAGAGCGAGAGUUUAAUUUAUUUAUUACAUAGAGAGUAUUGUCAAUUAGAUUGUAGCAUCUCCAUUUCCAUAGAGUUUUUCCACCCCCUCCCCCCAAUUAACUCUAUGUGUGUAUGUACACGUCUCUUAACUGGAACAAUUGCUGAUAUUUAUAUACACCUUAUACACUUAUAUAUACGAUAUAUUGAUUGAUAUUCGAAAACAAGCAUUGUGGUACAAUAAUUUUGAGGUUAGAAUCGAUAUGUAUUUGUUUUACUUUUUAUUUAUACAUUUAUAAAUGCCCUACGUCUAUUGUAUAUACAAUAAUGUGUAUUGUAAAGAAUAUUACAAUUUUUAGUGGCAGAUACAAAACUUUGAUAAGCUACACUUUAAGAUAUUGUACUUGUUUUUUAUAUAGUUAGAGCUAAAAUCGAAAGAAUUAUACAUAUAAAUACGACUAAGUAUACAGAUAAAUUGAUAUAUAUGAGAGCUAUUAAAACCAACGUAAAAUAAACCAACAAAAAUAUAUGUA